AUGGAUGGCUUUAAUGAUGCGUUGAAUGAAUGCAAUUUGGUUGAUAUGGGAAUGUCAGGAGGUCGAUUCACAUGGUCAAAGGGACAUGGUACUGAGGCGUGGGUGGAGGAAAGGCUCGAUAGGGCGGUGGCUACGGUGGAGUGGUUGGAGAUACACGAUGAUACAGAGGUUCGUAAGGUUUACACAUCACAAUCUGACCAUAGUGCUAUUUUCGUGGACAUGGAACCGCGUCCGAUACGGCAUGCACGAAGGUCUUUCAAAUUUGAGUCUGCGUGGUUGUUGGACGAAGGUUGUGCAAUGGUAGUUGAGGCAGCGUGGGGGCAGUCUCGUGGUAUGGAGUUUCAACACCGAAUAGAGCUUUGCGGCCAACAGCUUCAGCGAUGGGGCAGGGAGCAUUCAAGCCAGUUCGGCAAUAGGAUCAAGAUCCAUCGUAACAGAAUGGCUGUUCUGAAAGAGGAUAGGGAUCCGCAAGCAGUGAAGGAGUUCCUAGAAACCGGGGCAGCACUUGAAGUUUUAUUGAGACAGGAAGAGAUUUUUUGGCUCCAAAGAUCCAAGCAGCUAUGGCUUAAGCUUGGGGACUCCAACACGAAGUAUUUCCACAAAUCGGCUUCGGCACGUAAAAAACGUAACUAUCUACAGCGGUUAAUGGAUCAGGACGGGGUUUAG